AUGAAUCGAGCAGCCAACAAGACGCUCAUCUUCGCCCUCACCCUCCUUCUCCUUCCCUUCCUGGUUGCAGCAGCUCCCAAGAAGGUACAGUCCUCCUCCUUCGCCGCAUCCAAGGCCAUCAACGUUCCGGCGCUACUCUCAGCUUCGGAAAAUGUAAAGACAGUCCCAGCACGCGCGUCGUAUCCACUGAGCAUCAAAGGCUCUAAGGAUACGUCGACAAUCCACAGCGAUUGGGCGUCGUUCCAAGACGGGGCAGCAUUCGUUUUCAAAGCCGACAUGGACGUCGACUGUGACGGCAUUGACUACAAAUGCUCUGGCAAUGCCGAUGGCCAGCCCGUUACCAACUGGGGCGCGCUGUCUGCCACCGAGGUUCCAUACAUUGUGAUACCUCAAGCAUUUCUCGAAGCCAAUCCGGAGGCCAUUCCCGGAAACAAUGUUGCAGCCGUCAUCUGCAACAACAGAAUGUUUUACGCCAUUCUGGGAGACACGAAUGGCAACAACCCGCAGGUAACGGGUGAAGCAUCCUUGCUCCUCGCUCGUUCCUGCUUCCCUGAGGAUAACCUCGGCGGCGACAGCGGCCACGAAGAAAUGGAUGUCACGUACAUCUUGUUCGCCGGCCCUGAGGCUGUCCUUCCUCCAAGCGCCCAUAAUGACAAGUAUAUCACCGACUUUGGCAAGCUUCGGUCCAUGGGCGAUCACCUUACGACCUCCCUCUCGGCAAACCUGGGUAUUUCCCCCUUCAGCCCAGGCUCGCCUUCUCCCGAGGGUGACACAGACAGUCCCGACGUCGACUCCGCUGCCUCGGCGCAUUUCCUUCCGACUGCGUCUGAGGUUAUAGCCUUGUUUGUGUCUUUUGUUGUUCUGGUUCUGACAUGA